ACAGUCCCUGAAUGCAGCAUUGACAGCUCACCUUGCAUCAGGUACCAAACUCUGAGCUCCCAGAGCCGAGGGUCAUCAUGUCUCUGCCGGAGGUUCAGCUCCGAGGUUUGAGGACUAGAGAGCUGCGGGAGCUGCUGGAAGACGAAGACAAAAUACAUCACAUCAUCAGCUGCAGUGAGAAGUUUCAGGGACUUCAGAAAGCUGUGGAGAAGACGCUGGUUUCAAAUCAAAGAUUGGCAAAGUUCAGUCUUUCCCAAAAACCCAAAUUUAGAGAUGCUAAGCUGCUGCUCGCGAUGAAAUACAAGGAACUAGAAAGACGCAGAAGCAUCAUUCAGGCCAAACAAGAACAACUCGCUGCUCUUCCAAAGGUUUGCAGAGAGGAAAAUGCAGCUGGCACAUUUCUUGGAUUCUUUCCUCAGCCUGCGCGGACGCCAUCACAUCAGAUUGAUCGUGGUGAAGAAACUCGAGGAAACGAUUCAACGUGGAGAGACAACAAGACUCAGGGAGUUUCACCCUGAAGCUCAGGGUUUCUCAGUGAUCUUUCCUGAGCAGAUGCACCACCCCUGCCUCCCUGCAGUGUGCGGUCUAACCACAGCUGUCGUCCUACCCUCCUGCUGCCACCCUGCUUUCCUGCCCUUUGGAGACCAUGGAGUCUCUGCCCGAUAUCUAUCCAUACCACACUUACCGAUGUGUUUUCAGUCUUUCUGUCCAGGAGAGUACGGACGAGGCCCCAAGCGGCCGACAGUCCCCGUCCGUCUCGAGCCACUGAAGGUGAAGCAGAGGAGGCAUCAACAGGCGCCACAGUGACGUUUGAUCCAGUCUGAACGUUUUGGUUAGAAAUAUUCAAUGUGACUGUAUUUUUAUUCGUCUUAAUUUCAAACCAAUCCAACACAAAGUCUGGAGAUGCAGAAACUUUAAAAAAACUGCUUGGUCUUUUUGAGAUUUGUGAUUUUCUACAUUAACCAACAGUCUUUAGUGUAUUAAAAUACAAACAUGUCUACAACUAUACAUCUUUUACUGUAACACUGAGGCAGCUGCAUUGAACAAAUCUCAAUGGCAGUGGGAGACAAGGAACUUACAUUUAAUAUAAGAUUAAAAUUUAAAGUUCCAUCUAAAUAACAAUAAUUAGGACUUACACAUAUAUAUUCUAUGUAGUAACACAGAACAUUUACAAUACAAUAUAUUUAUGUUAAUGAGACUAAUAGAAAAAUCUAAUCUGUCCAACAAUCCUGAAGAAACAAUUUUGUGUUGAAUAAAAAAACAUACAUACCUGUGUUUCCACUGCACCUGUAUAAUGAACGAUGGCCCCAAAUGAAUGAUGAAAAACUUUGUCCAUGACCGUCCUCCAUCAAUAACUGUUACUGACCGAAAACCCAAAUUUGGAUCUCGUAAAUAUUUAUUAGUUUGCUACCGAAAAGGAGGGAACCGCUUCUGUCUGAUAAAUGAACAAUAACAUGGAUUGUAAACAGCUGAUUGAACAAAAGACAACAAGACUGGUGAGAACAUGUGUGUCUGAAAAAUACUGAACAGAACAGUGAACUUGAACUUCUCACAGAAACUUGAUAUCUCCGGCCAACGUCAGCAAAGGACCAUUAACUCCACUUUUCUUUAAUCUGACCAAUACCCCUCCUCAUCCUAACAUUUACCUGCACAUAUUUUAAGUCUUUUACAAUAAUCCUGUAAAUUCCAUCACUAGUUCACUGUCUUUGAAGUUUCCCUCCCGGUCGACUCAUCUGGACUCUGGUGAAGGUUACCCAGGGUGCCAUAUGGCCCCGGACAAGCUCGCCAUACCAAUUCAACCAUGGAGGAACCUCGCUGGCACGACAGGAGAUGAUUAGCAAGGCGGAGCGUGUUCAUGUUACACCACAGUCUUCAGUUACAUCUUUUGUCAGCAGCCUCUUUUGUCCCACAAGACUCAAAUUGGGCAAUUUUCUCAUCUGUCAGCUCAUCGUUUUGUGCUUCUCACCUCAUUCACCUCAGCGUCUCUGUGAUGACUCGUUAAAAUGCUCCAGCAAAGCCGACGUACACUGAAGAAUAUACAUUACAAUUAUAAC